AUGUCACCCGAAGCUGAUUUCCUGGUUUGGAGAGCUGUCGCUCGGCCAGGCUCAUUUGCGCCCAUUUUUGAGCGGCGCUCUAGAAGCCUGCCUCAAUCAGCACUGGCAUGCCAUCCGCAAAGGUUAGUCUUCGGCAGGGCCUUGAAGCAGUGCAGUCUGGAAAGCUUCUUGCAGCGGUCCAGACAAGGCGCGACCUGCACGGGCUUAGCAGUGGCUCAGUACCGAAGCGACAUUUGGCGCGCCCGAUUAGACGACUUUCAUCAUCUACCAAAAUUGGCAGCCCAGUGCCAAUCUGGCCAAUCAAUGAUUGGCGGAAAUUGGCAACGUGCUGAGAUUGUGCUUGUGUACAUAGGGAGUUAUGGCAAGGAUUUGGUUGGUGGUUUGCUGCAAGGUGGAUGGGGAAACGACGCGGUCGCGUUGCGGCACAGCACACAGUGCUUCAGGCGCUCAUGGGACGUGUCGAAAACGUCGCCCCAGAGCGGAGACGGUCAGGGCGAGCUACGCAAUAGGGUGCGGUAUGCUGCAGUUCCGUUCUCUCCUUCAAGGGUUGUCCGAUGGAUGCAAUUCGAGACCACAGUAGUACGCCAGGCUAAUGCUGGGAGAGAGUUCGGUGCUAAGGAGCGGAUCUUGGAUGAGGACAUGUUUGAUGGGCAGACGGGGUUGUCAGGGCAGGCAGUCACAUCCGUACGAAAAACAACGUACAUGCCCACCUGUGUCGAAGUCUGCACUCAGCCCAUGUCGGGCCGUGGGGAAAAGACGUCAAGAGGCAAGCUGCAGAUGGUCGACGAUGGAGUGGUGGAAAGAAAAGCAACGACGCCAGGCGAGCUCGUACGAAUGUUAGAGGCCGGAGGGGCCGAGAUCGGUUGCCUAGCAAUGUUUGGACGUGUUCUCGUAUUCCGAGAGACUUUUCCAGUGCCUGCGCGACCAGUUUUGCUGUGUCUUAAUUGGGGAGAGGAACGUUUUGAUGAAGUUGGUGACGGUGCGGUUGAAGUCACGAGAGGCUUGGACUGA